GUGAACCGCCUCCGACGUCCCCCUUCUCCGGUGCCAUGCCAGCCAACAAUGCUCACACAACCGAGAAGGUCACAAUGGACUGGAUAGCAGGUACUGUACUAGUACCUACGAGCUCAGUCAUUCUGACUCUCCUCGUUCUCUCUGGGAGAGAUAGGAGUCGCGAUAUUUCAGCUGGACUGACAUCAUUUCCAUAAAUUUAUACAGACUCCAAAGGGCCUGUCAUGCCUGCAGUGUAUACUUCUGUGCCACAGGACUCUAUAGACUCAAUAGAAUUCCCCGUCCAGACUCGUAACAACUCUCAUAAACAGAGUAAAUGGACUCGCACCUGGAAACAUCUCCUCGCCUCUCUCCUCAUCAUCUCAGUCGUCUCUCUCACCGCACGCGACUUCUUCUAUCGUCGCCACCUUCAUCCGUAUGCGCCACACUAUGGACAUCUUCCUCACGGUGCUCACGUCAGUGACAAACAUCGUAAUCCGGCAUACUUGGUUGAGGCUAAACAUGGCGCGGUCGCAAGUGAGAACGUUAGAUGUUCGAAUAUUGGAGUCCAGGUCAUGAAGGAUGGAGGAAACGCGGUCGAUGCGAUGGUCGCCGCUAUCUUCUGUACUGGCGUCGUGAACAUGUUCUCCUCUGGUAUAGGUGGCGGAGGCUUCAUGACCGUCCGCCUCCCUCCCUCUACACCGAACGGCACCUCGGAAGUUUGGACCGUUGACUUCCGUGAAACAGCACCAUCCGGUGCGCACAAAGACAUGUACACCGACGACCCCGACAAAGCUCGUUGGGGCGGUCUCGCUGUCGCUGUUCCGGGCGAAGUCAAAGGCCUCGAAGAAGUGCAUAAGAGGUGGGGUAAACUGCCUUGGGAGAGGUUGGUCAGGCCGAGCGUGGAGUUGGCAUCGGGAUGGGAGGUCGACGUGGAGUUGGGGAGGAGGCUGGAGCUCGACAUCUUCCAGGACUACAUCCUCUCCAACCCCGACUGGUCCUCCAUCUUCGCCCCCAACGGCGAAAUCUUAACCGAGGGGUCCACCAUCCGCCGCACCGCCCUUUCGCACACCCUCUCCUCCAUCGCUACCAAUGGCUCUUCGGCGUUCUACGCCGGCCCCAUCGCUGCCGCCAUGAUCGAAAAGAUCCAAGCCACAGGCGGGAUCAUGACGCUAGAGGACUUGGCUGGUUAUGAAGUUAAGGUGAGGAGGGCAUUGGAAGGGAGUUAUAGGGGUAGGAAGAUUUACGUACCGCAUGCGCCGACGAGUGGAGGGGUGUUGUUGCAUAUGUUUAACUUGGUGGAGGGUUAUAAAGAGGAGAAUUGGAUGGAGGAAGGGAGGACGGGGUUGAAUGUGCAUAGGAUGUUGGAGGCAAUGAAGUUCGGUUUCGCGGCUAGGACGAAAGUCGGAGAUCCAGCGUUCAUGGAGGAUACCCAACGGAUUGACGAGAUCCCGACGAAGGAGUUCAGUGCUCGUAUUUUCGCGAACAUGACCGACGACUACACUCACCCACCAGAGUACUACCAGCCGGAGUACGACGUGCCACUCAAUCCUGGAACCAGCCAUACGUCGGUCGUUGACAAAGAUGGCAUGGCUGUCGCGCUCACCACGACCGUUAACCUUAUAUUCGGCUCGUUGGUGAUGGACCCAGUGACGGGCGUUCUGUUUAACGAUGAGAUGGACUACUUCUCGAUUCCAGGGCAUCCGAAUGCGUUUGGACUCUGGCCUUCGCCUUACAACUACCCUGAACCAGGCAAACGCUCACUCUCCUCCACGACGCCUAUGAUCCUCGAAUAUCCAGAUGGUUCAUUCUAUACUGCAAUUGGAGGAUCGGGUGGUUCGAAGAUUUUCCCAGCCGUGUUCCAGGUUCUCCUCAACAUGGACUGGGGCGACGACGUCAGCGCGGCUAUCGAACAAGGAAGAGUGCAUGAUCAACUCUUCCCGCUUUCGGUGGAGGUGGACGACGUGAUCGACCCGGUAGUGGUCGAGGAGUUGAGAGGGAGGGGACACAAUGUCACACUGAUGGAUAUCAAUAGGGUGUCGUCGGUCAUCCAGGCGGUGAUGAAGACGGAGGAUGGGAGGAUCUUUGCUGCGAGCGACUCGAGGAAGAACGGAAUUGCGGCCGGAUACUGAGUAUUCAGUCUGAAUCCGGAGGAUGCUUGCGUGAUAUACGGCGCACAUACUAGAUUGACUUAUUUUUGCUCCUAACUCGGGAUUGACACAUCUAUUGUGGCCUUUAUUAUCUCUCUGUGCAGUUUGCAGUGUUAUACCGGGUGACAAUACACGCGAAGCGUAACUGUUACACGCCCCGCUAAAC